UUAUCUUUUCGUUUUCUGUAUAAAUUGCAGUUGCUCUUCUCCACCAGAAAUCAUUUCGGUGAGGUAAUUCUUUGUUAAUACAACGGAAUCGGUGUAAAAAUGGCCAAGUCAUUACGAAUCAUUAUUGUGAUAGCUGCUAUCGUGACUGUUUGUACAGCAAUCACCGAUGAACAAAAGAAGAAAGCUUUAGUGCACGUUGAGAAGUGCACGGCGAAAAUUGGUGUAAGCCGGGACGAUGUGAUGAAAGUUUUGAUGGGUGACUUCUCCGUCACAGACACAAAUAUCGAGUGCUUUGCUAAAUGCUUUUUCGAGGAGUCAGGAUUUAUGAAUGCCGAAGGUGAGUUUCUGGACGAAGUUGCUAUAGAAAAGCUAUCGAUUAAUGCGGAUAGGAACAAAGCUGAAGCGUUGGUUAACACUUGCAAACUGAGAUUGGGCUCUACUCCGUGCGAAACUGCAUACAAAAUCUAUCAAUGCUAUAUUGCGCAUAAAGCUAUAUAAACGAUUUACCUCUAAUGUUACAAAGAUGUGUACCAAUAAAACAAGUGCUGGGGACAAUAAAUUGUCUUUCGAUAAUAAAAA